AUGAUAUUAUGGGAUGGCGCUUGCAUAGUGCAUGAGGCGUUUUCAUUGGAGCGCAUUGCCCAACAAAUGGUCGAAAAUCCCAUGGCCAAAUUAAUCGCCCAUCCCGAAUCGGAAGCGCCCAUAUUGCAAAUGGCGCAUUUUGUGGGAAGCACAUCGGCCUUAUUGGAUUUUGUUGAAAAAGACUCCGCCAAUGCGUUUAUCAUUGCCACCGAAGAAGGCAUCAUUCAUCAGAUGCGCAAACGAGCCCCUCAUAAAACCAUCAUUCCUGCCUUAACCGAUGAUGAAAACUGCGCUUGCAGC